AUGGCUUUCGAGGGCGUUAGGCGGUUUGGACAGAGAGUUUCAAAACUCUCCCGAUACCACAAUUCGUUAGGUAGCAAGAAGAGAUCCAAGAAGAAGGGGGAUGCUUGUGAGACAAACAAAACUGUAAUGGGACUUAUUGAGCAAGCAGGUUCUGAUUAUGCAAAGGGUGAAACGGAUCUGGCCAUCUACAGACUCACACAAGUGUUGUCGAAUAUGGAACGUGAGUGCACUUCCUUAGAAGAAAAUCAGGCGGCAGCCUGUUUUGUUUCGCCUCCGGUGAAAUUGGACCGGUCAGAAAAGCCAUGCGAAGUAGCUCCACAACAAGAAGACCACCAUACAAGAAAGAAACUAAAUCGUAAGCUUUUACUUCGGGACGAAAUUGCUUAUCGUAACGCUUUGCAGCGUCCUCCUUCUCUUCCGCCAUGUACCGAGCUACCACCCCUUCCUGAGCCAGCCCAAUCGCAUGGAACUGUGAUAGAAGAAUGCAGAAUUCACUACCCAAAAGUUGUUGUACCUGUACCUGCACGAAUGGUUUCAGUGCGCUACAACGAUGGUGUUUCUACGCUACGUAACGUGGAAACGGAGGUAACCGAAUUCUCGGACCUCAUCGAAAGAUCCUUUAAUACCCUUACAAUUGGCGACUCCGUCGCUGCCCUAGACGAUGACACGACGCGUUUUGAAGACCGCGUACUUUUCCCGAACAGCACGGGCAACGAAACCGUCUGGAGCAAGGCCAUCGCAAACGAAUUCCAGGCACACACCCUCGAGACUGCAACAUAUCGCUAG